UUGUAGAAAAAGUACAAGAUGAAAUUGCAAAAGUGAUUGGUAUCAUGCAGCCUAAAUACAACCAUCGUGAUCAAAUGCCUUAUACCAAUGCUGUUCUACAUGAGAUCCAAAGAUUUGCAAAUAUACUACCAAUGGACCUACCCCAUCUGACUACUAAGGAUGUUCACUUUAUGGGCUACUUUAUUCCAAAAGGUACCUACAUUGUCCCUCUUCUAGCAUCUGUCCUUUAUGACAAGACUCAGUUUGAAAAGCCUUACACAUUUAAUCCUCAACAUUUCCUGGACUCACAAGGGAAUUUUCAGAAGAAAGAUGCCUUCAUGCCAUUUUCAGCAGGUCGACGAAUAUGUGCUGGAGAGACUCUUGCAAAAAAUGGAGCUGUUUCUUUUUUUCACAAGUCUUCUGCAAAAAUUUACGUUCCAGAAACCUCCGGAAGUUCAUGAUGUGGAUCUAACACCAGCCGUUGGACUUACCACUCCACCAAUGCCUCAUAAGAUUUGUGCUAUUGAACGUUUUUAA